AUGAGUUUUGCACAUGUCACGUUGCCACGCACGAACGCUCCCGCAGCCACGUGCAGCAUCGGCGCGCCGCCCCGCUUCCUUCGCGCUGCGUCUCCUCACGCGCGUGACGCGACCAGUGACAUUGCUGCAGCAGCCACGACGCCUACCGCCCUGUGCCGCGGCGCGCAACGCUCUUGGCGGCCAAUGGCGCCGGGGCGCCGCGAGCGUGUGGGCGAGGCCGCCAACCCGGGGCCACCUGCAGCGGACUCACGUGGGGCCCCGUCAGCGUUGGAAGUCCAGCGCCAAUGCGCUGCCGAAGCGCUUGCCAGAGCUGGCUUGCCUCCGUUCCCUCCAUUGCCGCCAGAGGCCGUGUCACCAUGUGGCACGAUCAGCGAUACCGCAUCGCAAGCCACAGACCUGGCUUACCUUACUCCCCGCGCAGCAGGCGGCGACCUCACACCUCUGGCAGAAUGUGGCGCCCACAUUGCCCGAUGCCCGAACACCAGACGAGGCGUCAAGCACCCCCGUGCGCGCUCCAGGUGGCAACGGGGGCCUCCGGCUGAGGGGCCGCUGCCGCCCACCAACUCUUGGAUCUACAUGCCCCUCCUCCUGGAUGGGGCUGGGCUCUUGUGCCCAGCGGCCGCAGCUGGUUGGCGUGCCUGCGCGCCUUAUGCGGUGCCCUGGCCCGCAUUGGUCACCGCCUUACCCACCUCAGCGCUCAGGCUGCCGGAGGACCCCAUUGCUAGCGUGCGGAGCGCGGGCGACGCCGAAGCAGAACCAGGCGCCGAUGGUUACCUCACUGCGGCUACGCAGUCCGCCUUCCUACAAGCUUAUGGCGGAGUCGGUGUCGCAGCCGAAGCAGCGAACGCGCGCGCACCACGCGCGCCCACAGCACCAGACGGUGCUUCGGGAAGCGUUGCUGCGGGAGAGGCACCCGAGCCUGGGGUGGACCGAAGCAGGGUGACCCGACAUGUGACUGGCAACCUUCCAUGGGCCGACGUGGCGGAGUUGCGGCGGCCUGUCCCCACCUUGCAGGACGUGCCGCCUUUCCUGCGAGCUGGCGUCCGCCGGGCUCUCGUGUUUGCGUUGCGGGCGAUUCGCGACGCUGAUGCCGCGGAGAACGCCCAUGUCACUCCCGCCCGAGCUUGGCUCUUGCUUGAGCGCGUCGACCGGUACGAGCGAGGCGAGUGGCUCGCGUUGCUGGCCGCCGCGCAAGGGGCGCGGUCCACAGCAAGCCGAGCGGAGGAAGACGCCGAUGCAGCACUCCGCCAGCGGCGCGAGGCCGCGUGCCGGCUCGUCCGCAAGGGUGAAGUCAGCCGCGCCCGCCACCUGCUCACGAGUGGCACCUUGGCGCCGGGCGAUGAAGCUACAUGGCCCUGCAAAACGCCCCGCCCAAGCGCGCACGCCAGAGCCGGCCCUAGCACUGCUCGCGCCAUUGCGCAGACGUUGCGCGAGGCCAGGCGCGGCGCCGCGUCGGGCUUGUCAGGCGCGCGGGCGGAACACUUUAAACUCCUCCAAAGCGAUGCUGAUGGCCUGGAGCUGCUCAUGCACGCAGCAUCCGUGCUGGCCCAAGCUGGCGGUCCCCUGGUUGUAGCGGCUGCCCUUGCCCUAGCUAGGAUGACGGCGUUGCAGAAACCGGAUGGCGGCGUGAGGGGUAUCGCCACGGGAGAUGUCAGCCCAUGGCCGAUCGACAAGCAGCUCGCCCCAGCAAACGCCAGCCCUGUCGUUGGCGUUUGGGCGUAUGCCCGCAUGGUUGCGAGCGACGCAAAGGCCGUCCUGCGCCGGGGCCAGCGUUCGGCCUGCAGCUGCCCGGGUUAUGGGGCUUGCAUUCGAGCGCGAGCCGCCGGCCCCGACCUUGAGGCCAAACGCGGCGGCAGUGUCAACUGCCUGCAGCUCGAGGUAAGCGCGGUGUUUGUGCGCGGCCGCCGAAACCAAUGCCAGCCGGGCCUCAUAUCCGGGUAUGCCAAAGCGCAUGACGCGGCCAUGGACACCUUCCCGCGCCUGCACCGGUGGUCUCCAUGA